CGCCCGAGUCGAGCCGCGGGUGCCGCGAUGUCGUCCCGGUCGGGGCGCGAAGACGCGGGAGCUGGGAGUGCGCGGCGGCCGCGGGAGCCGCCCGAGCAGGAGCUGCAGCGGCGUCGCGAGCAGAAGCGGCGGCGGCAGGACGCGCAGCAGCUGCAGCAGCUCAAGCACUUGGAGUCCUUUUAUGAAAAACCACCUCCUGGGCUUAUCAAGGAAGAUGAGACUAAGCCAGAAGACUGUAUACCAGAUGUACCGGGCAAUGAACAUGCCAGGGAAUUUCUGGCUCAUGCGCCAACUAAAGGACUUUGGAUGCCACUGGGGAAAGAAGUCAAAGUCAUGCAAUGUUGGCGUUGCAAACGGUAUGGUCACCGAACGGGCGACAAAGAAUGCCCUUUCUUUAUCAAAGGCAACCAAAAGUUAGAACAGUUCAGAGUAGCACAUGAAGAUCCUAUGUAUGACAUCAUACGAGACAAUAAAAGGCAUGAAAAGGACGUAAGGAUACAGCAGUUAAAACAGUUACUAGAGGAUUCCACCUCGGAUGAAGAUGAGAGCAGCUCCAGUUCCUCAGACUGUAAAGAGAAACACAAGAAAAAGAAGAAGAAGGAAAAGCAUAAGAAAAGGAAGAAAGAAAAGAGAAAGAAGAAGAAACGGAAGCACAAGUCUUCCAAGUCAAACGAGAGUUCCGACUCAGAGUGACAAGGGCUUGUUCAGCAUUCCCUUCUCAGAAAUCAAACACUGGCCAAAGAACAGAGGGAGAUGCAGAUGGAGAGCGGAACGUGAUCCAGAUGCCAAGAGAGGAGGACACGUGGUGUCCCAGCUGUGAAUCUACCGCCUUCAGUGAAAAUUUGACCCCCAGGAGAGUGAGUCGUCUCUUUCCAGGUGCUAGCUCUGGACAGCGCGGACUCCAGGUGGGCAAGCUUAUUCACUGUCCUUCUCCCUGCUGGUCAUAUGAGUUUAUGGUUCUUUUGAAAUGCCCCCUGUGGGAGAGGGGGGCAGGUCCAAGGGAAUCUGAGGAAGGACUCCAGGCGCUGCCACAGCUUGUGUCCUGCACAGUGGGGUGACCCAAUUUCCAUCGACUUCCAGGCUGAAGUCUCUGUUGUUGAGGAGAAUAAAAGCUCAUUAUUUAUUUUUUAAA